AUGGACUUCCCAACAGAACAGCCGCGAGUGACGUUUCCUCCACAUACAGUAUUCGAGCCACCUACCUUUCAUGUUUAUGGCAGCCUUCUCCCUUCAAACUCCGGGUUCCCCCUGGGUCGGUCGUCAUUUCAACCAAAUGAUGUCGUUUUUCAGGCCCAAGAUAACCUGACAGUUAAUAAUCCGUCCCAGGAUCAGCCGCAACCAUUUCAAUCGUCGACUCGAAAGCGGCGCCCGAAGGCUCCGGAAAUGUCUGCAGAGAGGUGGGCUCCUUGCGAGAGCCGGAUAAGGGAACUUUUUGUAGAUGAGGGAAAGCCUUACAAGGAGUUGCGUGAGACUAUAAACAGGGAGUUUGAACUUGAGGCUAGUCCACAUCAAUAUAUAAUCCAGAUUAACCGAAUGAAGCUUGCGCGAAAUGUGAAAACAGAAGAACGUAUAAGAGUUGUACGACACAUCCGGCAUAGAGCACACGCAGUCGGAAAGAAGAGUAGCCAUGUCAGAAUUAGCGGUCAUAAGAAAACUGGGGAAAAGCUAUCCCGCUGGAUGAAAGAGGUUGUAGAUCAACCAUUCAUUUCAGCAAGCCCUCUAUCACCCCUACCAAGCGGCAUAAGCAUAUAUACCAACUCUCACCACGGGUCUUCAAAACAGAUAUCACCCGCUCUCUUAGAAUGUCAAAUACCACAUUUUAGGCCCAUGCGUCCGAGCGACAUGAAAGACGCUGUCAUGCAGAGACUUCUAAAAUAUUCUCGAGUUCCAAAGCAUAUCAUAAAGUCUCAAGAGGCACGGGCUGUGUUCAAUGAUCUUCAGCUCAUUCUUGGCUACAAUCCUACUUGUGAGAAGUACGGUAGUAUCGCAUGGAAUCCUAUUGUGGAGGACGAUAUUACGCGAGUCCGGAAUCUGAUGAAUAUGACCCAAGCGCUCACUGUGAAUGAGGAUCGGGAUAAGGCACACAAACCUAUACCUGCCCUUCCAAAUCAGAAUCUAGAGACCAACCUUUCUAGAGGCAACCAGAGGUAUGCAGCUUGGAUGACACCUUAUGGAAGGGUAGAAGCUUCAUUCUGGGUCGCUAUGAACGGUCCUGGUACUAGUGCUACUGGUGAAGAUACUGAGAAAACAACGGACAGAACCUUUGCUGCUAGGCUAGCAAUAGUCCCAAGGAGAACUAAAACAUCUUCAUCUUAUGUUAUAUUUAACUUCACUCCGCAUCUCAAUCUACCAGCAACAAUAACGUAUCAAGCCAUGGUUCGGAAUGAUUCGAAGGUCUUCAACAUUAUUAAAUCUGGACAAGUCAAAGACCUCAUUGAAGCCUUUGAAGCCUCUGAAGGGCACACUGCCACCGCAUGCCUGACUGAUCGGGAUGAGCAGGGACGGUCACUUCUUUCUGCAACUUUAAAGGAUACACUAGACUUAGGAGCACCAUUCAUUAGUUUGAAUAGUACUUACAAAGACUUCAGGGGGGAUGAAUCCUGUGGUCUAAUAUACGUCGCUAUGUUCUCCGGGUACGACGCCUCAAUCGCAAUCGAUAUUGUUGACAAGGCGGUUCUUCUCCUACAACGGAAAGCUGACAUCUUGUGUCGCGACUAUAAUGGUGAUACAGUUCUUCACACAGCUAUUAUCUACAACCCUUUACAUGAGAUGAUGCUAAAGGAAAGAGCAAUUCAGGGUGGGUUGUCGCGGGAGAGGAAGGCCUGCUUAACAGAGCUAAAGGACCUUCUUAUUGUUUUCAUAACUGCUGGUGCGGACAUAUAUGCAGUCAACGAUGACGGUAAAACGCCAUCUAUGGUGGCAAGGGAUUCGGAACGACUUGAUGAGUGGACCGAAGCUCUUGAAUUAUGUGGCUAUGAUAUCCAUCAGGUCCUGGCACAUUCGGAUCUAAAUCAUCGCGACUGUACGCAUGAACACCAGAAGUCUAAACUGACCUUCGAAGAAUAUUGUCGGCAGCGGAAAGAGAAUACCCGAUUCGAAGAAGUCGAUACUGAUGAUGAAGACGGGGAGGAGACAGAUGGUGAUAGUGACGAAGUUGAUAUUGAUGAUGAGGAUGAGGGCGGCGAUAGCGAUAGUUACAGAGAAUUUGACCAUGGAGGGAGAGGCUCAGUUGCAGAAAACAGAGAGUGGCGUUAUGGAGAUGAGGAGAGACCUUCUGGAGCGGGGUGCAAAAGCCACUGGAUAAACAUUGAUCUCAAAAACACGGGUGGUAAGGAGAUUGAUAACCAAGCAGGGGCGCCUGCUGACAGCGAAGAGAAUGAUUGCGAAACAAUGGAUCCUGCCUUUAACGAUUUAUCUGCUAACGACAUUGAUAUUACCGAGGGUUUCUUCGGAGUUUUUGAUUAUAACGACUAUCUAAAUGAGUAA